AUGCCAUUGAUCAAAAUAGCCAUAACUGUCAAAAUUUAUCUCUUAAGACUUUAUGUGCUUUUGGUGUGGAAUAUUUUAAUCCUGUAUCAAAUCUUACGAAGAAGACGUGAAUGCUGGAUUCAUAUAUCUGAUCUACGUAUAAUUCAUGAAAACAAUGGUUUCUUAGUUAUUAACAAGCAUCCUGAGUUAUUAAUCAACUGUACAAGUCCAUGGAUCAACUGUUUAACUUUGCAAAUGCAGUUAUUCUACAAUCGACCUCAGUACGCUAACUGGAAACUUAAAAACAUGUUUCAUUUCGUUCAUCGAUUGGAUUGUCCAACAAGUGGUUUGAUAUGCAUUGCGUACGAUACAAAAACUGCAAGUAUUAUUAGACGUGCUUUUGAGAAGAAAGAAGUUAAGAAGUAUUAUUUAGCUAUUCUCUGGGGGCAUGUUGAUUCACCACAAUGCAUAGAUUCAUCAAACACCUUAUCGCCUUUUGUUAAACGUGAAUCAAAAUUUGUUUAUCAUAUUCAAAUGUCACUUGGUUCACUUCGUUAUUUUUGGCCAGAUACUGGACGUAAACAAAAGAUAAUUGUUCCAGCUACACAUCCUGAAUGUUGUAGACCACGGGAAUCUUCUACUACAGUUAUUAUUCUUGAUUAUGGCAAUUUGAUGGGUGAACCAGCUACACGUGUACUUCUUAUUCCUAAUACUGGCCGUCGACAUCAGUUACGUGUACACUGUGCAGUGGGUUUGGGUCAUCCAAUCGCUGGAGAUAUCACUUAUUCACGUCGUCCAUUCAAUCAUAUUGAUGUAGAAUACAAGCACGAUGUUUAUAGAACUCAUAAUAUACACCUGGAUUAUAAACUAAAACGUAUGAUGUUGCACGCCUACUAUAUGGAAAUGAAAUUGAGAAUGAAUGAUGACUCCAAUGAUAAUAAGUGCCGAAAAAGGCUGUCAGUGGAGAAGAAUUAUCAAUUUCAAACAGGUGAAAAUCCAUUUUUUGAUGCAAAUGAUUCUUAUCUUUGGAUUGAAGAAGAGAAUUUGUUAUCACAAACGACUAGUUAUACACUAGACGAAUAUAUCAAAAAUGUCAACUUUUUUACUUCCUGA